GACGUUCGGGUGGUGGAUAGGAGAUCCUCGUUUUUGGCCCAGCUUGGUGUUCCCUGCAUUUAGAGGUAUUUGGUUUCUUCGAGUGUUUGUUCAGUAAGGCGUUUAAAGAUGUCAUCCAAACAAGAAAUAAUGAGUGAUCAGCGGUUUAGGCGGGUUGCAAAGGACCCAAGAUUUUGGGAAAUGCCAGAAAAGGAACGAAAAGUCAAAAUUGACAAGAGAUUUCGAGCCAUGUUUCAUGACAAAAAGUUCAAAUUGAACUAUGCCGUGGACAAAAGAGGGCGCCCCAUCACCCACAGCACUACAGAGGACUUGAAACGUUUCUAUGACCUUUCGGAUUCUGAUUCUGAUCUUUCCAAUGAAGAUAGCAAAGCAUUGAACCAAAAGAAAAUACAGAAGAAAAAAACCCAGACUAAAAAAGAAACAAAUUCAAAAAAUUUGAUUGAGGAGAAAAAGAAAGAAACCAAUAGCAUUAAUCAAAAGGAUUCUGGAAAUAAAAAUGAUUUAGAUAAUUCUGAAAGUAUUCAGAAAAUGAAAAACUUGUGUGCAUCUAAGAAGAUAGGUUCAAAAAUAAGUCCCAAGAAGGAUAGUGAAGAAUUUAUACAAAAAAAUACAAAAGAGAAAACACUUGUUCAGCAUAGUACAAACUCUUUUCCCAAAGGAAAACUAAGGACAGUAGACUCUGACACCUUUGAAACUGUGAAGUUGCCCAAGGUUGGGUGUUCUAAGACAAGAAGAGAAAUGCAAUCAGUGGUUCAACUCAUGACGGGAGACAGUGGUGGUAAUAAACACUCAACAGAUGGUAAAAUGUUUGACAAAGAUUCUCUGGAGGAAGAUUCAGAAAGUGUUAGUGAAACAGGUGAUGAAGAAACUGAAGUUGAAAUUACAGAUGUUGGUAGAGCUUCAGCCGAUGAUGAUGAUGAUGAUGGAAGUGAAGAUGAUGAAGAUGAAGAUAGUGAGGGUGAUGAUGAAAGUGACAGUGGCCCUGAUCUGGCAAGGGGUAAAGGAAACAUAGAAACAAGUUCUGAAGAUGAAGAUGAUAUGGCAGAUUUAUUUCCAGAAGAACCCAGUUUUGAGCAUGCUUGGAGAGAAUUAGAUAAAGAUGCUCCUCGAGCCGAUGAGGUUACACAUCGAUUAGCAGUUUGCAACAUGGACUGGGAUAGAUUAAAGGCAAAAGAUUUGCUGGCUCUUUUCAAUUCAUUUAAACCUAAAGGAGGUGUCAUAUUUUCUGUAAAGAUUACGGACAACUUGAUAACACAUCAGUCUGGAGCAAACAUUGCAAGAUUAGGAAUUUUUUUGACCUCUAGAGAAAAAUUGAGAGAUUAUCAAUUCAAACGACUGAAGUACUAUUACGCAGUAGUAGACUGUGAUUCUCCUGAAACAGCCAGUAAAAUUUAUGAGGAUUGUGAUGGCCUGGAAUUUGAAAGUAGUUGUUCUUUCAUAGAUCUAAGGUUUAUACCAGAUGAUAUUACCUUUGAUGAUGAGCCCAAGGAUGUAGCCUCAGAAGUAGAUUUAACAGCAUAUAAACCAAAAUAUUUCACAUCUGCUGCAAUGGGAACAUCAACGGUGGAGAUCACUUGGGAUGAGACCGAUCAUGAAAGAAUUACAACAUUCAAUAGGAAGUUUAAAAAGGAAGAGCUAUUGGACAUGGAUUUUCAAGCUUACUUAGCUUCCUCUAGCGAAGAUGAAGAGGAGAUAGAAGAGGAGCUGCAAGGUGGUGAUGGAGUCAGUGUAGAAGAAGAUGGGAAAACAAAGAAAAGUCAGAAGGACGAUGAAGAACAAAUCGCUAAAUAUAGGCAACUAUUGGAGGUUAUUCAAGAGAAAGAAAAGAAAGGCAAAGAAAAUGAUAUGGAAAUGGAAAUUAAGUGGGUUCCAGGUCUUAAAGAAAGUGCAGAAGAGAUGGUCAAAAACAAAUUGGAAGGAAAGGAUAAACUAACCCCUUGGGAACAAUUUUUGGAGAAGAAGAAAGAGAAAAAAAGACUGAAAAAGAAACAGAAGGCUAUUGCUGAAGAGGCCAGUGAAGAUGAACUUCCCUCUGAUGUUGAUUUGAAUGACCCAUACUUUGCUGAAGAAGUUAAAAAAAUAGGUAUAAAGAAAAAAUCAAUGAGGUCUGCAAAAGAAAGUACAUCUCCAGAGGAAGAAACUGAGAUAGAAAGACAAAAGGCUGAAAUGGCUUUGCUCAUGAUGGAUGAGGAGGAAGAUAGCAAAAAACACUUCAAUUACAACAAGAUUGUGGAGCACCAAAAUCUUAGCAAAAAGAAGAAAAAACAGCUCAUGAAAAAGAAGGAAUUAUUAGAGGAUGACUUUGAGGUAAAUGUUAGCGAUGCACGGUUUCAGGCGAUGUAUACUUCCCACUUGUUCAACUUGGAUCCCUCAGAUCCUAAUUUCAAGAAAACAAAAGCUAUGGAAAAAAUCCUUGAGGAGAAAGCCCGGCAAAGAGAACAAAAAGAACAAGAACUUACUCAGGCAGUAAAGAAGAAAGAGAGUGAGAAUCAAAAGGGAUCUCAGAAGAAGUCCAUUGAUCCUGCCUUGUCAAUGCUGAUUAAAUCGGUAAAAAAUAAAACAUAGCAGUUUCAAGCAAGAAAAAAACAGAAAGUCAGAUAACUGAAUAUUGUUUCUUGUGGGACUGAGAAUGUGUUCUCCUAAAGUACACAGAAAUACUAGAAGGAAUAUUUUGGGGGAACAAAACUGCCUUUCAGGAAUGUGAAUAAGAUCUUAUUCUGACCAUAGUAAAAUUUUUUUUCAUAAAUACUUGUACCUAAUUGUGGAUGAUUGACAGAUUUGUACUGUAUAUUUUCACAGAUUAAUUAUAGUUAAAUUACCUGAAUUGAAGGAUUUAUAAAAUGUUUAUACUUUCUGAAAUUUAGUUUCUACUAGUAGAAGGUUAUUCUAAAUUAGCUUUUUAAAAGACUUUACCAUUCUGUGUAAAAAGAGAGUAGUAUCUAUCUUAAGUCUGUGUAAAGGUAGGGACAAUUUGAAAAUGUGUAUAUGCAGAAGGCAGAUUUAGAUAGCAAUAAAAAUAAUUUAUUUUAUAGCCAUAAAGGAUGGAAGCCAAGAACUUUGUUGUUUGGUCAUAUUUAGUAUAGUUUGUUUAUGAAGUUAAUUUGUAAAUAAAAGUACAAAAUAUUUCUAUUAUUUUGUAUAAUACUGAUUUAUUUCAUUUUAUGCACCUCAAAUAAACUACUCUCUGGAAAAAAAUCUGAAAAA